AUGGUGAGCAACGGCGCCGAGUUCCUGAAAGUCAUCAAGAAGGAAGAGGGCGAUGAGGUCAGCCAAGUCCAGCGGGGCCAAAAGCAGCAGUGUUCGCCGAAUCCAGAACCUUCGAUUCGUCGAGUUGAGAAUAUUCCACUCAGAUGUCCAGCAAAAUACAUUAUUAGACAAGCACCGGGACCAACGACUGCAUCCGCAUUAAAAAGAGUCUACAUCGCACGGAGUAUGUUUUCUUAUUACUUUCCCGAAAUCGCCACUUUCAAAGCUGUUCCUGGAUCGCUGUCCUACUACAUACAUAUUUUGAAAUGCACCAAGCCAGAAAAUUGCUGUCCUGAAGAUAAAUGUAAAAUUUUGGUUUCCAUUUCAUUCCUUCAAUUUUUAUGUUGUAUGAUAUUCAAUAGUGUGGUGUGA